AUGAAAGUUGCAGUUAUUAUUAUUCAAUUAGGAUUGUUAUGUUAUUAUUGUCUUGCUACUUUAUCUCCUCCCUCUGAUAAGAAGGGCCAAAAAGGUGUUAAACCACAAGAAGGUGCUAGAAAAAACAAUGUAUUAGACCGUAAGUUAGUAGUCGAGACGCCUAGUGUUAAAGAUAUUAUCAAAUACCAUGCUACUUACCACCAGGAUGUCUCAUUGAGAAACUUCAAAAAUCCAGUCUUGGGUUAUGUGACACCAUGGAACAGCAAAGGGUAUGAUGUUGCAAAGACUUGGGGCCCUAAGUUCAAUUAUAUCUCCCCUGUAUGGUUGCAAAUUAAAAGGCAAUCUUCACAUUCUUAUGUUUUGUCAGGUUUGCAUGAUGUUGAUCAUGCUUGGGUGAAGUCUGUAAAACAAAGGGGUUCGCAGAGUAAUUUGAAAGUAGUUCCUAGGCUGCUGUUCGAAAAGUGGCAACUAUCUGACUUGCUAGCUUUCUUUAUUAGCACUACAGCUGAUACGGAACACAAAGCAUUAAUUGAAGAGGUGAAAAAAUCUUGUAAACAAUGGAAUUUUGAUGGCAUAGUACUUGAGCUAUUCUCUCAAGUUGGAAAGGUUGUUGAUAAAACAAUGAAGUUCAUUCAAAAGUUUGGUUUAGAAAUGAACAAAGUUGGUUUAAAGCUGAUUUUAGUUUAUCCCCCACUAUAUGGAUACAGUAGUGAUGAUUUUUUCAUUGAAGCUUUCAAUGACAUUCAUCCAUAUGUCGAUGCAAUUUCAGUGAUGACAUACGAUUACUCCAACCCACAAAACCCAGGUGAUCAUACCCUCUUGAAGAACUUUAGACCAAUCACGCUGCUAAGCCACAUCUUCGACUGGACACAUGGAGGUACUGAAAAGCUUAUACAGCAUGAACAUUAUAUUGAAGUUAGGACUUCACAGGGAGCAAAGAAGAUUUUCUUUCCCACCCUCUACUCGAUACAGAAGAGAUUGAAUCUUGCAAGGGAAUAUGGUAUCGGCGUGGCGAUAUGGGAGCUAGGACAAGGCCUCGAUUACUUCUACGAUUUACUC